AUGCAAAGCGGAAGUGGCUAUGACCAGGACAUGUUAGCGCAUUCGAUGCCUUCCGACAAAUGGUUCAGAUCGAGAGGGCUAGCUAAAUUAGGCAUUGAUAUGGAGAUUCAUUUAAGAGCAUUCUCCGUAAAUGCUGUUUUCCAGCAUCUCAAAACAGCCAGCAAAAAAGUUUAUGUAACGGUCGAUGAAUUCCACGAUUUGCUGCGUUCCGAUCGCACGACCUCAGAAGUUCUGUCGGUUUUUGAACAUCGCCUAAUCGAAACCUUUCAGAAUGCUCAAGGGGAAAUUAAGUAA